GAUGACACCAAUAACAGGGAUGAGGAGGAGAUUAUCGAUGUGGAGAGUGAACGUCGCAUUAUGCCGCCCGUGUACGAUACUGCCAAAGCUAUGGCUCUCAUGGGAGAAUGUGAGAGACACGUCAACUUCCAGCAUCCCGAUGAAGGCAACCCGGACUGGGAGGAUCACAUUCCUAAAAUAAACUGGAGCAACAUGCAGACUCGACUCUUCAACAAGGUGGUGAGAGUGUUACACACGGACCGAUUGGCACGGCUGGCGCAUGCAGGGGACCCGAACGAGCCGGUAUUGUGCCGCCUGACUGUGGACAAAACGGCACGUCGGCUCCGCCAGAUCAUGGCCUCUGUGGCAUGGAACACCAAGUACACCCAGUGGUUACACAAUAUCCUUGUAGACAACUUACACACCUCGUACCUGGUCAGCUACCUUGAUGCAGUGCAGACACUCAAGUCUAAGGUGCCGGUGCUGGUGGAGCGCAUGAUGGCAGGGUCGAGUACAAGGUCUUCUCUAGCCGCACCGAACCAUGAACUCAUCAGUAUUGUACACAAGAGGCCCUGGGACCCUCUCUCUGGUGGCAUACUUCGAUACAGGCCGCGGAAACUGCCAAAGGAUCCAAUCCUGGUCAUGGUGCCAUCAGGGCCUGGGUCUGGUAACACGUCACAUUCCCGCACCCACCACUGGAUGUCCAAUCUCUCAGCUCUGGGUACUGUUGUGUGCGUGUAUUCCACACCAGCUGACCUUGGAAAGCCAAUGUGGCGGAUGAUGGGCAAGGUCAGUGUUGCCAACUGUAUGGACCACAUGCUGUCCUCCACGCGGGCGAAGGUGACAGAACUGCAUUCAGACUACGGAGACAAGCCGAUAGUGUUGGUGGGCAUUGGCUCAGGUGCUGCUUUGGCCUGCCAGGUGGCCCUGGUGGAGAACGUGACAGCUGUGGUCUGUCUGGGGUUCCAUCUCUACACUGUCGAAGACAACAGAGGCACACCUGAUGAUUCUCUGCUCAACGUUCAGGUGCCUCUGUUGUUUGUCAUCGGCCAGAAUGCUUCCACUUGCUCAAUGGAUGCUCUAGAAGACUUGCGAGAGAAGUUGAAUGUGGAGACGUCAAUGGUGAUGGUGGGAGGAGCGGACGAUCAGCUGAGGCUCACCAAGGCCAAAAAGAAGUUGGACAAGGUCACUCAGUCUAUGGUGGAUAAGUGUAUCAUGGAUGAAGUGGCUGAUUUCUUGGGUACCUUGCUGUCCCCUGGCUAUAUGCCUCCAGUACGCCCGACCGUGGCACACUCGAUUGAACCUCCACCCCGAAGGACUGUGGAGCGGAAACGGAAAUGUGAUAUGAUUAUUCCCACUGGUCCAGAGGCCUUGCCACCUGUGCCAGCUAAAAAAGGACGCAAACCCAAGAUCUCUAUGAUGCAGAAGAUGGUACAGAACAAAUGGGCUAACCAGAUGUCUCAGGCAGGUGAGCUGCCUCGGUCUCCUGUCUCAAUUACCUCAACAGUUGCAACAACCCCCACGUCUCAGAGUGUGAUGGUGACAGGGCGAGUGGUGGAAAGCAAGGGAUUGCAGUUCACCAGUCUCCAGCGUCCAGUGGGCUCCGCUGCUGCCUCCAGUUCAGAGAGUACCAUCACUGUCGUGGCAGCCAGCUCCCCCACCCUUACUGCUGCCACUGCAGUUAAAAGCCGCCUCACUAAAGGUCAGCUGACAUCUCUGACGUCGUUAGUUCAGCCUGGUACCAAAGGAGUUAGGCUUUCUCCGGGGACAAGAUCUGUUGAAGACGAAAUGAAGACCAACACCACUCCAGAUCUCGGGGAAGAGCUCAACAUCCUGGACAUGCCGGUGAUCCUGGGCGAUCAGAACCCGGAGGACCCCAUCCUCUCACAGUCCCUGCAGACAUCCCCUGUCAAGUUCAUCCUGACCAGUGCCAAGCCACGGCCAACAGUCAAGCUAGUUGGCCAACCCACUGCCACCAAGAUAUUCAUCAGCAAGGCUGAGACUGCUACUGGCAAAACAGUAUAUCUGGGGACAGGCUCCGGUAGGGCAAAGCCCAGGAUACGUCACAUCCCUGCCACUAAGCAUUCGGCAGAGUUCUAUUAGUUGUGCUUUAUUUGUAUAGUCUUCAAAGUGUGAAAAAUAUGUUAUUUCUGAAUCCAAAUAAGUACAUUUUCAACCCUUGAGCAGGUACUCACUCCAAAUCCAGGACAUGACGGGAAAUAAAAUACUUCAUAUUUUGAGUGUUGUGCUUUAACCUUUUGGCUGUUUGCAAUGACAUAUCAUUGUGUGCCUUUUUUCCAAAAACUGUUUUGCAAUGAUAUUUCGUUGUUACGUAAUUAUUUUUUUGUAACGUUAUUUUUUCAUUAAACUAGAAUAUCUAUUUACCAAUGGUUAAAUAAUUAAAUUGUCUUCACAAUAGAAAUGUUUUGUACUUUCCUUUACAUUUCCAUACAGUAUUGGUUAAACAUCGCGAUGAUUAGGAUAGCUGUGGCCAUUAUUAGAGUUUUUAUGGCAGUGGAGUGGCUGUAUUGUUUCUCCAAAUGAUUUGAAGUUUUCUUGAUCUAUGUAUAAUUAUAUUUACUUUUAAGAUACUCAACUAGCUACAUUAAAAAUAUAUGUUUUAUAACUGUAAAGUAAAAAAUUAUAAAUAUUAAUGAACUUAUAAAAAAAUAUGUACCUUUUUAUAUGUUUAAACAUUUUUUUUCCUGAAAGACAGUAUUGUAUUAGCUGAAAAACAAGACCAAUUUCAAGAAAAUAUUUAAAAAAUGCUGCCAUAAAGUCAAUUUGAGCUGAACAAUUUCAGUGUCGCACAUGUUAAAAACUGAACCUGUUUGGGGAAAAACUGUUGUUAUUGUCAGUAGCCAAAUGGUUAAUGGUUGAAGUUGGCUUGUAUUAGUUAUUAACUGUUUUGUAUAGUUAUUUAUAACAAAAUAUCUGGUGAAACAAAUACAACCAGCUAACUUGACAUCUUUCACAUUUAACCAGUACAUUGAAAAAUCACAAUUAUUAUUGAUAACUUUUUAUUUUGUGAGACCUUUUGAUAGCAAAACUUCUUCUACAGUCACAUUAUACUUUUGUGAUUUUUCAAUAUAGUGAUUGAAUUAAGAAAAGCCAAUAUAAGAUCUACCUUCAACAUCUCUCACGUUCUUCACAUUUAAGCAAACAUGCAAAAAUUAGAAUAAUUAUUGUAAAACUAUUGGUAUUUUCCCAUGUAUUUUUUAAAUAAAUAGUAGAGUAUAAUACUUCUUAUUAAUUAUUAACUGUUAGAAUGUGUUGUGUUAUAUAAUACAAGGUUAUAAAUUUCAGUGAAAUAAUAUUUUAUAACACUCAUUAAAAAUUUUCUAAAUGUAAGAUAUUGUAUUACAACUACACAUGUUAUCAGUACCAAUUUAGGGGUUGUUUGCUUAUUUUCAAUUUAUAUUCACCUUACGUACAUAUUUAAUUUACUAGUAAAAAGUUAUAAUACAUCAUAAAAUUAAAAAUUUUGAAUUAGUUGACACAAGUUGUAU